UCACUUAUGGUGUUAGGCUGUCCGAAAAAAGAAGCAGUUAAAGAGUUUGUGAGUACAACGUCUUAAACAAGAAAAUGUCUGUCCCAUUAUAACUUCUCGAAACCACACACAUUACAACCUCUUCUUCUCUGACAUUAAAAUGGUGGUUUUGAACAAAAACUUUUGAGAAGGAUAAUAAUGGGCAAAACAAGCAAAUGGAUUCGAAGUCUCUUAACCGGAAAGAAAGAGAGAAGAAAGGAAAAUAUUAUACAAAGCGAAUGUGGAUUCACUUCGUCAACUCCAGGCACUCCUAAGGAGAAACGCCGAUGGAGUUUUCGUCGUUCUUCAGCCACUGGACCACCACCAGCUUGUGCUAUUAACCUCAAAGGUUCAUCUCCACCGCCUCAACAGCCACCCCCACCUCCCCCACCACCUCCACCGCUACCAGAACCAUUUGUGGUCGCAAUCUUGGACAAUAAAGAAGAACAAAUCAAGGACGUGUCAGUCGCAGAGAUUGAAGAAUUUCCAGCAGUGAAGAUUCAAGCGUGUUACCGUUCUCAUUUGGCGAGGAAAGCAUUAAGAGCGUUAAAAGGGUUAGUGAAAUUACAAGCAUUGGUAAGAGGUCAUUUAGUGAGGAAACAAGCAACAGCUACACUUAGAUGUAUGCAAGCAUUAAUAACACUUCAAGCCAAAGCUCGAGAACAGAGGAUACGUUUGAUCGGAGAUUCAACAAAUCCAAGAACAUCGAUUCAUAAAACUCGGAUCAGUAACCUUUACCACGAGAAUGAAGAAAACAUCAAGAUUGUGGAAAUGGACAUUCAAUCAAAACUUUACUCUCCUGCUCCUUCUGCUUUAACUGAGAUGAGUCCUCGAGCGUAUAGUAGCCAUUUCGAGGAUUGUAACUCGUUCAACACAGCACAAAGUAGUCCUCAGUGUUUCAACAGAUUCAAAGAGUAUUACAAUGGAGAUACUUUGUCUUCUUACGAUUACCCUCUCUUCCCAAAUUACAUGGCUAAUACUCAGUCUUCUAAAGCCAAGGCUAGGUCUCAGAGUGCGCCGAAGCAGAGACCUGCUGAGAUCUAUGAGAAGCCGCAGACGACCGGGAGGAGAAGAUCUUCCAUGGAAGCACCGAGGAACAACGGUGUCCCUAGAGCUGUACGGAUGCAGAGAUCUUCAUCUCAGUUGGGAUCAAAUACAACAGCCAAGGACAGUCAACAACAACAACAUCAACAUCAUCAUCAUCAGUCCUAUCCGUGGAUGGCGAUUAAGCUCGAUAAAUCCAACAUGUCGCUUAUGGAGAGCGAAUGCGGAUCCACCAGUACCAUUAUGACCAGUACAAACUACGGAAGACAUGUUGAUGUUCAGGUAAACAACAUGUACUGAAAAGUGUGAUUUAGAUGUAUUCAAGUGAUUUGAGAAGCCAAGAAACCGAAGAGCUCUAUGGUUUAUACUUCAUAGCAUCUGAUCCAUGAACAAAUCCUUUGAUGUAAAGCAAGAAUUUAGUAGAAGUGACAUCUUGUCUUAUAUCUUGAUUCUUCCCUUUUUGUCUUUAAUUAUCAUUCGCAUAUUAACUUUAUGAUACAUUUAGAUAACUUGAUAGUUUGUUUGUCGUUGUUCAACUCCUAUACUUCGAUCGGCGCUAAAAACCAGAGCCAGCACCUAUGGGAUUUGUAUU